GUGCUUAUGAGCUCUGUUUUUCCCGGACCAAGAUUCUUGUCAUUCUUGCAUCAGAAUUCGAAAACUCUGUUUCAGGCUAAGCAAAUCCAUGCUCACUUGGUAACCAAUGGCUGCCAAGAUAAUUCACUUUUCGGCAAACUUAUAGGCCACUACUGUUCAAAGCCAUCGACAGAAAGCUCAAAGCUUGCUCAUUUACUGGUGUUUCCUCGAUUUGGUCAUCCUGACAAGUUUCUCUUCAACACUUUGCUUAAAUGUAGCAAACCAGAGGACUCGAUUCGAAUUUUCGCCAGUUGGGCAUCACAAAGUUCGUUGCUUUAUCUCAAUGAGCGCACGUUUGUCUUCGUUUUGGGCGCUUGUGCUAGGUGGUCAGCUUCGUCGUCGGCGUUACGGGCUGGUAGAAUUGUUCAUGGUAUGGUGAAAAAGCUUGGGUUUCUCUAUGAAUCUGAACUGAUUGGAACCACUCUACUCCAUUUCUACGCUAAGAAUGGGGAUUUACGUUACGCGAGGAAGGUGUUUGAUGAAAUGCCUGAGAGAACCUCU